UUGGGUGAGUGUCCUUGCGUCUGUCUUAUUUUUGAUCGUGUUUUUCAAUUAGUCAGUGAUGAUUUUAAAAUAUUAUUGAUGAGUGAUGGCUGGUGCUCACGUCCUUUGAAGAAUGCAUAUGGUGGAGCCAGCCAGUGUUGUAGGCAUCAGGGGAAAGUGCAAGAGCAAAGGUUGGUGCCCCUCGCGACACACGCCUUCCCCGAGUCAUUGGCCACGAUGAAUGGUGGUGAUGGUGGUGGCGGUGGUGGUGGUGGUUUGACCUGAAGUUGAGAGGAAAAAAGAAGAGGAAGAAGAUGCAGCAUUAUAAGGACAUGUUUAUUGACCUCAUGGGGGGCACAAUGGGUGGGACAGCGUGCGUGUACGUAGGGCAGCCCCUGGACACCGUUAAGGUCAAAAUGCAGACCUUCCCGUCACUGUACAAGGGGAUGGGGCAAUGCUUCACCCAUACCCUCCGCCGGGAUGGGGUCAGAGGCCUGUACGCGGGCACCGUUCCUGCCCUCGCUGCUAAUAUUGCCGAGAAUUCCGUGUUGUUUGCCUGCUAUGGGGUCUGUCAGAAGGCUGUGGCUUGGGUGACGGGAGCUAAGCGUGUGGAAGACCUAUCCACUCUGAGCAACGCCACGGCAGGGUUUUUCGCAGCAUUUUUCUCUUCCCUCACCCUCUGCCCUACCGAACUCGUCAAAUGUAGACUGCAAGCGAUGAGGGAGUUAGCCUUGACGGAGAAGAGAGAGCCUGAGCGCAUAGGGCCUUGGAAGCUCACAAGACAGAUAUUGAGGCAAGAGGGUGUGGCUGGUCUGUUUCGAGGGUUGACGUCAACAUUCGCGAGAGAAAUGCCUGGGUAUUUUUUCUUCUUUGGGGGCUAUGAGGCUUCCCGCGCCCUCCUCACCCCCCCAGGGAAGACCAAAGAGGAGAUUGGCUUCACCCGCACCCUGUUCUGCGGCGGCGUGGCGGGUGUGGUGCUCUGGGUGGCUAUUUUCCCUGCCGAUGUGGCGAAGUCAAGGAUCCAAGUGGCCGGAUCGAAGGAAACUAUGAGAAAAGUUGUUCUGGAUAUUGUCAGAAAGGAAGGAUUCCUUGCUCUUUACAACGGCCUGGGUCCUACUGUGCUGCGGACCUUCCCAGCUACUGGAGCCCUUUUUGUGGCGUAUGAAGGAACCAAGCAGAUGCUACACAGUGUUAUGGACUGAAGGGGUGUCUGAGUGCCCCAUCAUCCCCCCAUCAACCCCCCAUCACCCCCACGUCAGCUGAUAUAUAAGGUAGAAUUAAUUUUUUUGUUUUUUUGGUUAAAUUAAUUUUUUUUUUUCUCGUUCUCUUGUUCCUUUAAUUUCUCGACCAGUUUUCUAUUAUUUUUCUGAAUUUUCUUAUCUCCCCCACCACCACCCCCCCGCCCCCGUGACCCAGCUAGGUGUUAGGGACGUAAGAAAACCCCAUUUGCUCAUAAAGGUGCCUUUAAAUACAAUCUAAGUAGUAUUCGAUCCCUUAAGUGUCUGUCUGAGUGUGUGUAAGGAGGAUUCAACACCUUAUACUGGCUUCAAGGAAUUUAUAGUUGUUGUGAAUGGGUAUUUCAGGGUUUAAAUGCUUGUAUUAUAAUUUCCUGCGUAUAUUAAGAGGAUUCAACACCUUAUACUGGCUUCAAGGAAUUUAUAGUGAGGUUCUAUGAGGUUUAAAUCCCUCUGUGUGGUUUCAGAGAGCUUAUAACGAGUUCCAAUACUGUUUAGAAAGGAUUAGAUGCUCUCUAACGACCAUUAAGGGGUUGAAGUGCUUGUUUGUGUCGUGUUUAAAUAUAAUUGCAUUUAAUUCCCUCAUAAGGUGCUUCUUGAACAACAUGAUUAGUCGGCUUUCCAAAGAACGUGAAUUUGAAUAGGAUUAGAUGCCUUAAAACCCCAAAGAUUGCAAAUUAAAAGGAUCCAGUGCUUUAUAAUCGCAAAAGUCGUGUUUUAUAAAGGAUUGGAUGCCUUAAAAUCCCAAAGAAUGCAAAUUAAGAGGGUUCAAUGCUUUAUAAUCGCAAAAGUCGUGUUUUAUAAAGGAUUAGAUGCCUUAAAACCCCAAAGAUUGCAAAUUAAGAGGAUCCAGUGCUUUAUAAUCGCAAAAGUCGUAUUUUAUAAAGGAUUGGAUGCCUUAAAACCCCAAAGAAUGCAAAUUAAGAGGGUUCAGUGCUUUAUAAUCGCAAAAGUCGUGUUUUAUAAAGGAUUAGAUGCUUUAAAACCCCAAAGAUUGCAAAUUAAGAGGAUUCAAUGUCUUAUAAUGCCAAAGUCGUAUUUUAUAAAGGACUGGGUGCCUUUAAACCCCAAAGAAUGCAAAUUAAGAGGAUUCAGUGCCUUAUAAUCGCAAAGUCGUAUUUUAUAAAGGAUUGGGUGCCUUAAAACUCCCAAAGAUUGCAAAUUAAGAGGAUUCAGUGCCUUAUAAUCGCAAAGUCGUAUUUUAUAAAGGAUUGGGUGCCUUAAAACUCCCAAAGAAUGCAAAUUAAGAGGAUUCAGUGCCUUAUAAUCGCAAAGUCGUAUUUUAUAAAGGAUUGGAUGCCUUAUAAUGCUUCCGAACGUUAUAGAAUAGAAUUAAAUGCUCUAUAAUCCCAAAGAAUGCAAAUUUAAGGGGAUCCAGUGCUUUAUUAACCCCAAAAAGUCGAAUAUUAUAAAGAAUUGGAUGCUUUAUAAACCCAAAGAGCUUAUAGACAAUACCUGGUGCUUUAUUAACCUAAAAAUCCUGUAUUAGAUGACACUGAAUACCUUAAAAUUAAACAUAUAUAUUAAAAAAGAAUCCAAUACCUUAUAAUCCCCCAAAAAUUAUAUUAGGAAUUAGGAUUCGAUUCCUUAUAACCCCAAUAUUGUGUUUUUUAAAGGAUUCGAUGGCAUAUAACCCCAAAUAUUGUGUUUUUUAAAGGAUUCGAUGCCUUAUGACCCCAAAUAUUGUGUUUUUUUAAAGGAUUCGAUGGCUUAUAACCCCAAAUAUUGUGUUUUAUAAAGGAUUCGAUGCCUUAUGACCCCAAAUAUUGUGUUUUUUAAAGGAUUCGAUGUCUUAUAACCCCAAAUAUUGUGUUUUUUAAAGGAUUCGAUGCCUUGCAACCCCAAAUAUUGUGUUUUUUACAGGAUUCAAUGCCUUAUGACCCCAAAUAUUGUGUUUUUUAAAGGAUUCGAUGCCUUAUGACCCCAAAUAUUGUGUUUUUUAAAGGAUUCGAUGCCUUAUGACCCAAAAUAUUGUGUUUUUUAAAGGAUUCGAUGCCUUAUAACCCCAAAUAUUGUGUUUUUUAAAGGAUUCGAUGCCUUAUAACCCUAAAUAUUGUGUUUUUUAAAGGAUUCGAUGCCUUAUAACCCCAAAUAUUGUGUUUAUAAAGGAUUCGAUGGCUUAUAACCCCAAAUAUUGUGUUUUUUAAAGGAUUCGAUGCCUUAUAACCCCAAAUAUUGUGUUUUUUAAAGGAUUCGAUGGCUUAUAACCCCAAAUAUUGUGUUUUUUAAAGGAUUCGAUGCCUUAUAACCCCAAAUAUUGUGUUUUUUAAAGGAUUCGAUGGCUUAUAACCCCAAAUAUUGUGUUUUUUAAAGGAUUCGAUGCCUUAUAACCCCAAAUAUUGUGUUUUUUAAAGGAUUCGAUGGCUUAUAACCCCAAAUAUUGUGUUUUUUAAAGGAUUCGAUGGCUUAUAACCCCAAAUAUUGUGUUUUUUAAAGGAUUCGAUGGCUUAUAACCCCAAAUAUUGUGUUUUUUAAAGGAUUCGAUGCCUUAUAACCCCAAAUAUUGUGUUUUUUAAAGGAUUCGAUGGCUUAUAACCCCAAAUAUUGUGUUUUUUAAAGGAUUCGAUGGCUUAUAACCCCAAAUAUUGUGUUUUUUAAAGGAUUCGAUGCCUUAUAACCCCAAAUAUUGUGUUUUUUAAAGGAUUCGAUGGCUUAUAACCCCAAAUAUUGUGUUUUUUAAAGGAUUCGAUGCCUUAUAACCCCAAAUAUUGUGUUUUUUAAAGGAUUCGAUGGCUUAUAACCCCAAAUAUUGUGUUUUAUAAAGGAUUCGAUGCCUUAUAAUCCCAAAUAUUGUGUUUUUUAAAGGAUUCGAUGCCUUAUGACCCCAAAUAUUGUGUUUUUUAAAGGAUAAGGUUAUCUAUAGGUUUUAUCUAUAGAAUAAAUAGGUUUUUGUAGGUUUAAAUAGGUGAAAAUUGUUAUAAAAGACGUUUGUAGUUUUAAAUGGUGCUAAAAAAAUAAUUAAAAUGCAAAAAAAAAAAAUGAAAAAAAUAAUAAUAUAUAGAUUUGUAGAAUUUUUAAAUAUUUCGAAGAUUUAAAAGAAGAAAGGAUUUUAUAGAACCGUUGCAAAUUUUUUAAAAGUAGAAGUAGGAAAAUAAAUAUAGAAUAAGUAGGUUAGGUUAGGUUUAAAUAGGUGAAAAUUGUGAAAAAAAGACGUUUUUAGUUUUUAAUGGUGCUACGAAAUUAAUGAAAAAGCAAAAAUCGAAAAAAAAAUAAUAUAUAGAUUUGUAGAAUUUUAAUUUUUCGUAGAUACAAAAAAAAAAUACAGAACCGUUACAAAAUUUAAAAAGGAGAAAUAUGAAGAUAAAUUAAGUUUUUUUUUUUUUUUGUAGGUUUAAAUAGAUCAAACUUUACAGAACCGUUACAAAAUUUUAAAAAGGAGAAAUUUGAAGAUAAAUGAAGAUUUUUGUAAGUUUAAACUGAUCAAACUUUACAGAACCGUUGCAAAAUUUAAAAAAAGGAGAAAUAUGAAAAAAAAAGCUAACAAUUUUAAAUAGAUAAAACACACACACACACACACACACACACACACACACACACACACACACACACACACUUGCAGCUUCAAUAAACGUUACAAACUAAGAAAAUAAAUAAAUAAAAAAAACAAAAGAAGGUGUUCUGUCUGUUUAUAUAGAAUUUAAACCCAAUAUUAAGGAAUCUUGUAGCCUCACACAGAAUCUAACACCAUUUAAUAUUUCCCUUGACGCAUAUUUGAGUCUCACAAGGGAUCAGAUCGUCUUUGUAGGAAGUAUAGACGUUUGAAACCUCCAAAAAUCUCCUUAAUUAUGUUCUAAGAUGUUUUAUAGCCUCACAUAGAAUCUAACACCAUUUAAUAUUUCCCUUGACGCAUAUUUGAGUCUCACAAGGGAUCAGAUCGUCUUUGUAGGAUGUAUAGACGAUUGAAACCUCCAAAAAUCUCCUUAAUUAAGUUCCUAUGUCUUGUCAGGGCUCAGCGAAGAUCAGAUUCCUUUUUCUGAGUCUAUAAAUGAUUGAAACUUCCUAAAAAUCACGUUUAGAAUAAGUUUAAGGGAUCAGAUUCCUUUUCUGAGUCUAUAAACGAUUGAAACUUCCUAAAAAUCAUGUUUAGAAUAAGUUUAAGGGAUUAAGUUCCUUUUCUGAGUCUAUAAAUGAUUGAAACUUCCUAAAAAUUACGUUUAGAAUAAGUUUAAGGGAUCAAGUUCCUUUUUUUGAGUCUAUAAAUGAUUGAAACUUCCUAAAAAUCAUCUUUAAAAUUAGUUUAUAGAUUCAGAUCGUCUUUUUCGAGUCUAUAAGUGAUUGAAUCCGCCAAAAAUCUCCCAAAAGUAAGUUAGUAUCUCUUACAGUAUUAGAUAGAAUUAAAUCGUCUUUUCUGAUUCUAUAGAUGAUUGAAUCCGCCAAAAAGAAAAUAAAUAAAUAAAUAAAUAAAAUAACUGUAGGAUUAGAUCGCCUUUUCUGAAUCUAUAGAUGACUGAAUCUGCCAAAAUAAAUCAAUAAGUAGAUAAAAUUAAAUAAGUAUAGGAUUAGAUCGCCUUUCCUGAUUCUAUAGAUGACUGAAUCCGCCAAAAAAUAAAUUAAUUAAAUAAAUAUAGGAUUAGAUCGCCUUUCCUGAUUCUAUAGAUGACUGAAUCCGCCAAAAAAUAAAUUAAUUAAAUAAGUAUAGGAUUAGAUCGCCUUUCUUGAUUCUAUAGAUGACUGAAUCCGCCAAAAAAUAAAUAAA